GCAGAUGCAUGGCUUUGCGAACUGGAAGAUACACGACGGCGCAUGGAGAAGAUAGUCGGAGACUUGUUCGCCGUGGCCCAAGCCUGGCCGGUGGCGGAUUGGGGGGAGUCGACACCGGCUGCAUGGCUGGAAGACAAGUGUCGUCAACUGUCGAAUAUCCUCUGGCAGAGCGAGGAGGAUCCCGCGCUGGAAGAUUUUGCUGAUUGGCCGAGGGCUGAACCUAUCAUAAUGAGCUGCAACAUCAUCUUCGACGAAGGCGCACAGCAGGGGGCAGAGAUGAAGGAGAAGCUGAUGAUUGCAGCGCAGUCUGAGGCUGAUGUCUACACUUGUAUGGAACAGUCCGCUUCGCGCUUGCCAUCAUUAUCAGCGGCGGCCGCAUCUACAUCAACAGCGACCCUGACAUCAACAACGACCUUAACAUCAGCGGCAUCAGCAUCAACAGCAGUGCUGCGACCGUCACCCCCAGCGUGCAUCAUUGCAUCAUCUGGCGAAUCGGGGGCUACACCAAUCAUAUCGACCUCAACUAUGAUGACUCAGUCUGCUCCUGCGAGCAUCACUAUCUCAUCUCGUGAAUCAGGGGCUCAGCCAAUUUCAAAAACUACAGUCAAGACUACAUUCAAUACAACUGACGAAUUGACAACACUGUUGAUCUCAAUGACACCAAUAGCGCCGCCGCCGGCGACAUCUACAAUGCAAACAUCAACAACAAUGACUGCUGUUACAGCUCAAGCAGCAUCAAUCAAGGUAUUAAGUACAACUCCGCUUCCGCCGGCCUUCCCUGAGCGCGGGGUGGAUCCAAGCGCCCUCGAAACGGUGCUUGCAAUAGAGCCAGGGGAUUGGCGGGGAUUCUUGGCUGGCAGUUGCGCGGAACAUCCCGGAUCUCUUCUUGCACCUUUUGCACGGACGAGGGUGGAAUUGGCCGGGUCUGAUGGUGGGGGCAGGUAUGGUGGGCAAGGUGAGGAGGGUUCGUUUCCAUGGGAUGGAGGGGGAGAUGGGGAGACUUAUGCGGUGGUUUUCUACGCGGUGAGGAGAGUGCGGGAAGUAGAGUGAUUGAAUGUUGCCUUGCUGCCUCGCUUUCUGAGGGGAAAGGGUUUCAAUUACCGAUGUGCUUUUAUCGCUGUGUUAUCCUAAUUAGUGCCCUCCCUUCGGGUUGGUUGACCUAAUUUCUCAAAAGGAAGGCCCGUGUCACGUUCUCAAUGCUAGGAUGUUCCAGUAUGUGCGCUAUGCCAUGAUUUGGUAUGAAGAUUUGCAGGCAUAGAUUCGACUGUUCUUUCAAUUUGUGUGCUGCCCUUGGGGCUGGGUUUGUGUUAAUGACUGUUGCUCAGGGGAAAUACGAUGUAAUUACAAAUGAAUUACUAGACUCUCU